CGCUGUUCAGUCUAUCGCGUGAGGGUUGAACGUUCGGAUCGGUUCUCGGUUUUCCAGGUUGUUUAUUCCUGCUGACUGCGCCUAAAUCGGUUCGACUUCGCUGAGUGAUUUCCGAUUGCGUACGGGCAGCACACAGCCAGUGAGUUUAGUUAGCGGUGGUGCUUUUACGCGGUGAGAGUCGGUGGUCGGUGGAAAGUGCAAGCAAGCAAGCAAACAACGGGGCGGGUAGAAUCGGAACCAAAUGCAUUUCUUCCGCUCUUGUGGCGCUGAAUAGAGUAGUAGUGCAUCAUCCGGUGGGGGCUGGUGAAAGAAAGCACAGGAGGUGCAUCCCGGUUCUGAGUGAAGCUGUGUAUCGUAGUUGAUUGCAUUACCGCAUCUGAUGGAUGAUGAUUGUGGAUCAUUUUGUUCUUGGCAUAUUUUUAUGAGCCGGUGCGGUGAGCCUGCCGUUCGUUGAAACCACCAGGUAGAAGUGAUUUCUGUGGAGUCUUCCGAUCGAGAGCAAAGUGCAGACGCGUGUUGAUUGAAAACGAAGGAAUAAUAAUACCAAAGAUUUCCUCCUGAUUUGCCGGUUGUUGGGUGCUUCGGAUGCAAUCAGCUGUGAACCGUUGGGUCUUCUUUUUCGUUAACCGAUUGAAAGGAAUCAAUAAUUUGUAUUUGAUCAAAGUGGAGUGAGUGGAACCGGUGGAAAAUUUUCGAUUGAAGCGAAUGCUAAUAGAAUUUGUCCUUGGAUUGCUAGGAAAUACGCAAGUGACGAUACCCAUCUCGAAUUUCCUUCGAAAAAGUUUUCGGCUGCCUCUUGAGCAAAUCAAAAUACACUCCAGCGAAGGUUAAUCAAAAACGCGCCAAGUUCGUUGGGUUGAUGGUAGAAGAAGAGCUGUUCGCGGAUAGAUUUUAUUUCCUCUUGAGUUUUAUUCCGUAAGCCAAAGUGGAAAAGUUUCGCUUCCUUUCGUCGUUCUCUCGACGGAAUCGGAUCAAAGUGUUUGUUGAGUCAGAAACAAGCUGUUCGCGGAGAAGUUUUGGCUGCAACAAAUCGUGGUUAAUAAAGCUUGUAGAAAUAUGUACAAGUGUACAGAAGUAAAUCAAAUUUAAGUGACCCAAGAAAAAAAAGAAACACGUUCAAGGUUUAUCCCAGUAUCAACAUAACCGCCAACAAUUUGAGUGAUUGCGGUUGACUUGUGCUCCAACAGAACCGUCCGCAGUGCGCGAAUACUGUAGCAAACAUUUGUGGAUUAAGCCAUCAAACCGCAGCAUUGUUGAACCGACCCAGGAGAACAAGAAGAAGCUGUUUAAAAUGUUGGAUAAACGGCGACUUACCGACGACCGAGCCUGUUACCGGAUACUGGCGCUGCCACUGCUGCUGGUGGGGAUGCUGUUCAUUCAAGGCACAACGACCUCCCCCUCGCAUUAUCCGGACAGCAACUUCUUGGAGGAAGACAAAUACUCGCCCGGUUUCCUGACGCUAGGACAAAAGUACAGCAUAGCCAUCGGGUCAACGGUGGUGCUGCCGUGCAAAAUUAAUGAGACAGAAAAUUCCAGUCACUACGUGCUGGCCUGGAAGCGGGACAUAGCCGUGCUCACGGCGGGGACGGUCAAAGUCACCGUGAAUCCCCGGAUACGGCUCAUGCCGGUGCAGGGACAGGCCGAUUCGCACGGUACCCUGUCGACCGGGUACAAUCUGGAAAUUCGGGACGUUCGGGUGAGCGACGCCGGUGACUACAUCUGCCAGAUAGGUUCGAUGGAGCCGAAAGAGAUUGUGCACACGCUGGAGGUGCUCGUUCCGCCCAAGAUUGAUUACGUCUCGCCGGUGAACAAACUGGACGUACACAAGGGUACCCAGGUGCGGCUGGAGUGCCGAGGGUCCGGCAAUCCUGCGCCGAAAAUCAUCUGGUCCAGGAGGAACAACGUGCUACCGAACGGUGAAGCGAACAAAACCGGAAACGUGUUCGACGUGAUGCAUGCGACCCGUCACACCAGUGGGCAUUAUAAAUGCACCGCCGAUAAUCGGGUCGGCCAACCGGACAGCAGGGAAAUCGUGGUCAAUGUGCUCUAUCCACCCGAAAUCGAAGUGGAACAGCAAAUCGUUCACAGUGGUGUUGGACACGAGGCUCAAUUAGUGUGUAUCGUCCAUGCCGAACCGACGCCCAACGUGAUCUGGUACAAGGAGACAACCCAGCUGGGCACCACCGAGCAGCAUUCGCAGCAGGUCCGUGGCAACAAGCACAGUCUAAUAAUUCGGAAUGUCACAUACCUGGAUCUGGGCAACUACACCUGCCAGGCUUCGAACAGUCUUGGCAAGGACCGUGGUGCCCUUACACUGAGCGGUUUACCAACGAUCUGUUACUUCGACUCGCCGACCCUAAGCAGCUACCGGGAUCAGUACAACAUUUCCUGGACCGUUCAGAGCUACUCCCCAAUCCGGGAGUACCGGUUGUUCUACCGACUACAAUCAUCGUCCAAAGCACAUCUGCUACAUUCGGCCGGCCACGAGAAGGUGCUUGAUAAUCACAUCUACAACAACCAGGCCGGUGGUACACACAACAUCUACAGCAGCAACCCGUACAGCACCGGUACCGGAACGCACCUAGGCGGCGAACAGUGGGAAAACGUGGUCAUUCCGGAGAUGCUUGCCGAUUACAACAGUCUCCACGGAGGACACUACUACAACUCACCGUACAGCUAUCAAUCCGGCACCCGGCAUCGGAUGAGCUUCCAACUAAAGAAACUGCAACCGGGCAGUAAUUACGAGGCACGUGUCCAAGCCCGGAACGAUCACGGCUGGAAUCGGUUGUCCAGUAUAUUUCACUUCGCUACCCGGUCGGAAGACAUGGAGCUAGAACCAUCCGCUCAACCGGCCGUGCACGGUGCCGGCCUGCUUGAUAAGGGUCUGCUGAGCAGCAGCGACGCGGCCGCGCCUACUUUCCAUAAAUCAUCGACCCAUAGCCUGCUGGUGCUUGUUCUGGCACUGGCUGCCAUCGUCGUAGGUGCGAUGGCACCGCAGCAGCCACAGCCCGUCUUAUCGGCAUGAUUUGCAUUAUUUCCGUUUACCAGUCCAAUAAAUCACUAGGCGAUCUACGCACCUAAUUAAGGCUAAAUAGAAUGGCAUACACUGCUACUACUACUACUGCUACGAGGAGUGUGUGGAAAAUUCACUGCCGUGUGGGGCAGAGCUUGGGUACAUCAGUCUACAUUCUUAAGUCAUCGUUCAAUGCCAUAGUCGAAAAUAGUGACAGAAUUGCGCCGAAGGUAUCCCAACCUCGUUCAACAUUUGUUUAGUUUGAGCUACCAAAUUCAGGCAAAAGCUCUCCCAUACAAUCGACUAUUUAAAUUUAAAUCUUAACUUGGAAUACAUUUCACAGUCAAACCAACGGAUUAUUAUAGUUCAUUGAAUUCAUUUGCCAUAUUUUAUACCAAAGAAGUAGGAGAAAUUAAAAAAAGUGAAACAAGAGACUUUGAGAAGAUCGCAAACGACACUAAAAAGAAAGAUAAAAAUAUGAUUAAAUCUAAAGAGUAAAAUAGUGCAUAUUUAUUAUGUAAACAUUGACCUAGAGUAAACUUAUUUUACAAACUGUAAAGUGGAAAAAUUAUCGUGGACCGUGUUAUCGUGUAGAAAUAAUUUAUUCUAUCAGGAAGACAGGAAAAGCAGCAAGUCAGUCGUAGUGAAAGGACCCAUGACCAGUAAAUGUAGUGAUUUUAGAUUGCAUAUAAUUUUGCCCGCACCAUUUUUCACACUCGAUCAAUUUAAACAUAAAUUCCGAAGCAUCGCGAAAAAAAAACUUUCCAUUUUGCUUUUCCAGAAUCAGUAAACUAUCAAAUUUUAUUACCUAGGAAGAAUAACUACUUGUAAGUUAAAUAAACAAAUUUUAUAGUUUAUUAAGGGAAAAAAACAUCAAAACAAAUGAAACUUAAGAAUAGGCCUUUCUGAACAUAAGCACACAUCACAGCAAGCUGGUCGAGGAAAAAGCGAAUCAGUAUUCACAUACACACCUACAGCGGCACCACGCGUUCAUUAUUUUAACAGCUUGAUGAUGUGAACGAGCGAGUUUUAAAACUUAUCACGUAAAUGUGAACAAACGCAUUUUACCGCCGAUUAGUCGUGAGAAAAUUUUCCUGUAAAUAAACAUUCCAUUUAGAGAGAUAGAAAAAUGAAGAAAAACCAAAGUAACACAAUAUCAUCAAAACGUUAAAACCAAAUCGUCAUAAAAAUUGCCAAAAAACUCGAAAAAAACUAUAGUAAAAGCUACGCCAUAUUACCGAUUGCUUGUAAACAAUGAUGCACACACACACUCAUACAAACCAUGUAAAUCUGAUUGAUUUUCAUAACUUUGUUUUUGUGGGACCAUGUUGAACGAAAAAAAUAAUAAACUGAUUACAAAAACAUACAAACUGGAGCAGAAACAUGAUAAAUCUGUCCAUUGUUGUGUACCGUCGAGUCCGAUGGCAAAACCAGUUGAUAAUUGGAGGAUAAUUAAAGCUUGUAUAUCAUCGAGGGCGAAACAAAAUAUACCGGCAACCGAAAAUGACAACGAUCACGAGAGGCAAAUAAAAAAUGUCCCGAGCUCUUGAAUUGGAAUUCAACCCCUUCUCACAAGGCUCAUAACCGCAUAUAUACAGCAGUUGUUGACAUUUUAUCUGAUUUCCUCGUUAUUCCACUACACCGGAGCCAGAUGAACAAAUUGUUUUUUUUUUGUACUCUCCGUAUCUUUCCCCCGUGUGCACUCCGCAUAUCAACAACAAACGGGACAAAAUACUUCAAUAAUUGAAAAACGAUAAUGAAGUAAUAAAUGACACGGGAAUAUUUUUUUUAAUAGUGUCGAAAACGAAAACCAGCGUCCAAGACGCAUGUGUGUACGCGCAAAGUUGGUCAGAAGCACACAAAUAAAUUCACCAACAAAAAAUCCUUUCAAUUAAACUAGAUAAGCUCGGACCAAGAGAACUGCGGAGAGAAAACAUCAUUUCUGGCAAGGUUUGCCUCGAUAUUGUCCAAUAUUAUCAGUACUUUACAAGCCAUAAUGGCGGCCUUCAUCGUUAUGUUCGUAAUACGUUAAAUACCCUUAAUUUGGCAAUUGUAGUAGGCGCAAAUACCUUAACAGCAACGCCCUGUUAGUAAUGUCGUGUGUUCAUUGAACAAACGUCCGACGCAUUGGGCUAAGAUAUGACGACCAAAGAGAAUAGGGAAAGAGACGAAUAGUGUGAAGCCAAAAAUACCUUAUUGAGCAGACCAAUCGUGCAAUGUAAAUAAACAUUACUCAUGCCUGAGUUGGAGGAGAUAAGUAUUGUACUUCUAUCAAAAAAGAAAUUUGAAUUUUCAUCAGAAUUUAGUUCAAUCGUGAUUGUAAGGUGCAUUCUAGAGUAUAUGUAUGAGUAAAAAUAAGCUUUAGAAUUAUUUCAUCUCUUUGUUUCGAAAUGCACAUCGUUUGAUAAACAAAUCCAUCGAUCGACAUACGGUUUGUUUUCAAAAUAUAAUAGGAGUCAUUUAAAGUGCUGCCUAUAGAAGCGGUUGCCAAAAUUCUAGUGUUGAAAUCAUCAUAAAGGGCGUGUUGCCGUUUUGACUGAUUUUCACUCUUCGUCUCUUUCCCUAUUCUCUUUGAUGACGACUAUUAAACUGGGUGAUGGCAUCAAGAAUUAUCCAGUAAAGCUCAGCCGGAAAUGAGCCCGGGUAUUGUCAAAGUAAGGACUGUUAACAUAUUACGAACAGCGUAAUGUUGGCUGCCAUAAUGGCACGUAAAAAGCUAGAUAGACUUUUCCAGCCAGAUAUUGAGCCGUUUUAAUAUAAUAUGAAGGAAAACAAACCCGCAUUCGACCUUCCAUCUCUUGAUUUAUCACGUUUUGGUUAUUCCGCAAAUUUUGAUAAACAUUAUUAAAAAAGAAAUUUACGACAUAUUUUGGACACUAUCUGUUGUAUACUUCCAAGUCAAGCUUUACAAAGAAACCUUUUCGAACACGUAAAAUACAAAAUCCAGACAGAAAAAAAUAUUAACCCUUAAAUUGUACAUUUCUAGACCUUUUAUUCAAAACGACAUAUCUACAAUGAAUGACUCUUUGUUUACUUUCUCUUCUGUUAAUAAUUCGGUAGUUUUAACAUUCAUCCCUCAACUCUUUGCAUAAUAUGCUAGUCAAAACCACCGUAUUUCGAUCUGCACUGUAAAAUAAGUAAAAAGUGCUACAGUGACGCCGUAAAAAUCUAAAGAUAAAGUAAACAAAGAAGUCACUCAUUUUAGAUAUGUCUUUUUGAAAAAACGCUCAAGAUUUAAAUUUACUUCAAGAAAGCAUUACUACUACCGGUUCGUCUUGGCGAUCGUGGAAUUGUGAACCGCUUUCGGUGACAUUUGUACAACUGCGAAUUUUGACUAAUUUGAAGCAAUUGGAGAUCAAUUAGCGAUGUUGAAACUAUAAAACCCAUCGAAAACUAUUAUAUCCUGCAUCAUACCAAACGAAUUGCAAGGAAGUUGGCAAUAAUGGAGGCAAAUGUAUGGAAAGGGUCUAAAAUAUGCAGGAGUCCAAAUCAGGUUGCUUACCCUACAGCGCGAAUUUGAAGGGAAAUAGACGGUUUCUGGACGUUUCAUUUAGCCCAGCAGUCGCAGUAGUGUAAAACUUCAAGACUAUUUUAAGGGGGUCUGGUGUAGAGGGCAAAAAAAUCGACUUCUUUUUUAUCCGCUUAGUUGUUAGUAUUGAACCUCUGGUACGGUGGUCAUGCUAAACUUCUUUUGUUUUAAAAAGCCUAUUGUAUUCCUCGCGCGUAUUUGCUGUGACACACGCAAAUUUCAAUCUAUCGGCAACAAUUUUCAAAAAACUUACAGGGAUAAAAAACAGUGUAAACAAUAGACUCAAAACUUCUACCCAAAUUUUUAAGAUAAUAUACCCAAUGGGCUAUUUUCUACAGCGAUUUUUCCGUGAUGCAAUUUGAUGUGGGCCACCCUUUAAUGGCGUUUUUCUCGAAAUCGCGUUUUUCAAAUUGGCGAACAGGAUAUCUCAAAAACUAAUCAACGAAUUGACUUGAUUUUUUUUAUUAGAAUGCACAAUAUUUGUAGCCUGUCGAUGAACCACAGAAAACUGAAUAAAACAAUUUUUCUCCAUAUUAUUUUGAAGAAAAAUGAACAAAUUUAACAGUAAAAUAUGAGAAUUUUCGAUUUUCAAUAAGUCAUUUUCCGAAACUCGAACUUUUUCCUUUUUUUUUGUUCAUCGAAUAACUGCAAAUCUAUUUUUUACAAAUCUUUUUGAAGUUCCUAUGUCAGACAAUUUUAUCAAGAGUUAUCGUGUUCGCCGCGGCGCUCUUCGACGUGGGAAUGGCUAUUCUUGUAACGCUCGUACGAGUGUCUCUGCGUGACUGAAAUUUUCUUUUCGUGUACAAUUAAUGUAUAAAUAAAUCUUAAAAUUACAUAAAAGAUCCAUUGUUUCCUUGCCUUCAAAGUCUUAAAACAAAAUAACGUUCAGUUUGAGCACUCUACACCAAACGUUCCCCUUAAACGCCAGAUAUAUAGCUGUUCGAUUGGAGUCGUUUUUGACCGCUGAAAAUAAACCCAAA